AUGGUUCGUAAAAUGAAUAGUCUGGCAAAACGUCUGGCCGCCAACUCGAAAAGCCGACAACCGGAGCCAGAGAGCGACUCUGAUGGAUCCGAUUUUGAUUUCGACAAUGCAAUUGAGGAGAAGACGUGGGAGAAACCUCUUGAUGCAAUGGAGGUUGAAGAAGCUGAAUCUGAUGGUGACGAUGAUGAAAAAGAGCUCCAAGCAGCAUUUGCCGCGGGACUUUUGAAAGAUGGACUCAACAUUCAAGUUGCUAAGAAGCGCCCAAUCAUCAACAAGAGUGCAGAGAUGAAGGAGAAGUUGGCUGAAAUCACCAAAGAUCUUCCGUGGGUUGAAACUUUGGAAGUCGUGACACCACACGCAGAAAUGGACAUGAAAGUGGAAAACGACGAUUUUCAGAGAGAAUUGAACUUCUACAAGCAAGCAGAAAAGGCUGUACAAACAGCUUAUCCAAGACUUCUCAAUCUCGGAAUCAAAGUCCUUCGACCAUCCGACUACUACGCCGAGAUGGCUAAGAGCGACAGUCAUAUGCAAAAAGUACGCAAGAGGCUCCUCGGAAUCCAGGAAAUGAAAGAACGACAAGAAGCCUUCCGUCGUAUUCGAGAGGAAAAGAAAUUCGCUGUGAAAGUGCAAAAGGAGGCUAUUGCUAAUAAGAAUAAUGAGAAGAAGAAGCUUGCGGAAGCUGUGAAAAAACACAAAAAGGGAAUGAAGCAACAACUUGAAGAUAUGUUGAACAAUGUCAAGAGACAUGGUCUCGACCAAGACGAUGAUGGACCGUCUAGUGCUUAUGGAGAUCGUCGCGGAGGAAGAGGAGGAUCUGGAAGAGGUGGAUCGAUGAGAAACGCCGGAGAGUUGAAGAGGAAGCUCAAGUCUGAUAAGUUUGGAUAUGGUGGAAAGAAAAAGGGAAUGAAGAGAAAUAACAAAGAAAGCUUCAACGAUCUUUUCGGAGCCCCUCGUGGUGGUUUCGGAAGACGUGGUCGUGGUGGUGGACGCGGUGGUCGUGGUGGAAGACGUUAA